CAUCCAAUAUGGUGGCUAAGUCAACAUACGGUGUGGUGGUCAAGGCGGUAUCAAUUUAAUAUUGACUCUAGCAGCCGGAUGGAGUCGAUUUGAUAGUCUCGGGUAUUCUCUAAACAUUUCUAAGGUCACAGCAUGUGGAGAAACACAGCCAAGUUCUUUCUACGGCGAACCAAAGGACUCCGCGUAAGAGCAAAAAUUCGUGGAUCAUGCAGCAGAAGCGACAAGAAAUGGGUCACUCCCACGGGAUUUGACACCGGUUUAAAGACUUUCAACAGCCUCACCAAACAGAAAGAGCCUCUGAUUCUUGCUCGAGAGGGAAUCGCCACUUGGUACAGUUGUGGGCCUACCGUGUACGACCACGCCCACUUGGGCCAUGCAUGUUCUUACGUCAGGUUUGAUGUGCUGCAGAGAAUCUUGUCCAGGUUGUUUGGUGUCACGGUCAUCCACGCCAUGGUCAUCACCGACAUUGAUGACAAAAUCAUUCAAAGAGGUUUGCAGGAAAAUGUCUCGCCCAUCAUCAUAGCCAGAAUGUAUGAAGAAGAAUUUAAGAAGGAUAUGAUAUCACUGAAGGUGAUUCCUCCUGCGGUGUAUUUAAGAGUAACUGAAAACGUCCCGCAAAUUGUGGCCUUCAUUCAAAGGAUCAUCGGGAACGGGAAUGCUUACGCCACAAAAGAAGGUGACGUCUAUUUUGAUAUCCAGUCCAUUGGGGAUCGAUACGGCAAGUUUGGGAUAGCUGGAGAUUCUCAAGAAGGAGCUGGUAGCGCCAGUAAAAAAGAUGUGCGGGAUUUUGCUCUGUGGAAGCGAUCAAAACCUCAAGAACCCCACUGGGAAUCUCCUUGGGGCCCCGGAAGACCGGGCUGGCAUAUCGAGUGUUCCACCGUCGCAAGCUCCGUCUUUGGGAGUCAGCUGGACAUCCACUCCGGUGGCGUGGACCUGGCCUUCCCUCACCAUGAGAAUGAGGUGGCACAGAGUGAAGCCUAUCAUCAGUGUGAGCAAUGGGCCAACUACUUUCUCCACUCGGGACAUUUACACCUCAAAGGCAGUGCAGAGAAAAUGUCCAAAUCGCUGAAGAACUACAUCACCAUUAAGGACUUCCUGCGAUCUCACUCCGCCAAUGAGUUCCGUAUGUUCUGCCUCUUGACCAAAUACAGAUCAGCGAUAGACUACAGUGACAGCAGCAUGUCGGAGGCUCGGAGCUCCUUAGCAAGCAUCUCCACCUACUACAAUGACGCUCAGGCCUACGUCAAGGGUCAGCUGCAGUGUUUGCCGGUGCAGGACGUGUUACUCUGGGAGAGGUUGGCUCAGACAAAGGCAAAUGUGACGGCGGCUCUGGCCGAUGACUUCGACACCCCGAGAGCCAUGAAUGCCAUCAUGGAUUUGGUGUAUCAGGGAAACUGCCAGCUGCAGCCCGUUUCCACGACUGCGGGAGCAAGCAGAAGUCCGGCAGUGUUUGGAGCCAUGGCGGCCUAUAUAAGAGACAUCUUGGACGUGUUUGGGAUUGACUCGUUGCAUGACAAGGAUGCGGAGUCAAUGAACCAGUCAGGAAGCCUCCCGGCCGUUGUUGAGCAGCUGACUCAGUUCCGAAGCGAAGUCAGAGCGUUCGCCCUCACCCGUCAGUCAACAACUCCCGGGAAGCUUCAAGAAGCACUUUAUCCAGACCGAAUCCCGCUCCUUCAAGCUAGUGACCAACUGAGAAAGAACCUUGCACCUCUUGGCGUGCUUAUAAAAGAUCGAGGAGCCACCUCCACGUGGGAGCUAACGAAAAGAGCAUCGGAAAUCACUGAUGGCAUGAAACCUAGCAUACGAAAAACAAGUCAUGAAUGAAUGAUUUCGAGGGGAUUUGGAAUUAGAGAAAGAAACCCGUUUAUUUGA